AUGAAAGAAUUUGAUGAUAAACUCGAGUUUGUGACGCUAGGAAAGAAUCCAAUUCCUCUAUUUCUGAGUGAAUUUGGUGUGGAUCAGCGAGGACUGAAUGAUGGAGAUAAUCGAUUUUUAAGUUGUUUUCUUUCAUAUGCAGCUGAAAAGGAUUUAGAUUGGGCAAUGUGGGCAUUGCAAGAUCCAAGAUCAAACUUACCAAGAGAUCAGAUAAUAUAUCACCCGCUAAGCGGCCAUUGUUUACUCGUAGAUGAUAAGAAUAGCAGCAAUACUCAAGCUAACGAUUGUUUGAACCGAAGUCACUGGAGCUAUGCUGGUAACCUAACUCAAGUAAAAUUGACAGGCACCUCAAAAUGUUUGAAGAUUGUUGGAAAUGGCCUUCCUGUGACAGUUUCGGAUGACUGUUCAAGUAUUUGGAAGGUGAUUGCAGAUUCCAAUAUACGUUUAGCUACCACUGAUAAAGAAGGGCGAUCGCUUUGCUUGGAUUACAACCCUUCAAUAUCUCCUCUAGUUUUAAGUAAUGAAUGUUUAUGUGCUGAUGAUGAAUCUAGCAAUUGUAAAGAGAAUCCUGAGACUCAGUGGUUCAAACUUAUAGAAACAAAUGUCAAAUAG